AAUUGGGCACUGGUUGCGAUGUCUAUCAACCGAGUCUUGCUAUUCUUUGCAUUGUUAAUCUUCGUUCAGAUAUUGAUCGUGCUUUAUUCAGGAACAUACGAAGAACAUAUAGCAGAGCAGAGUGGGAAUGCUGAUACGAAAUGCGUACAGAAUCAAGUUUUUAAAAAUAGAGAGGGCUAUGGACAGGAGGAAUUUCCCAUAACAAAGCGAUAUAUAUAUAGACUGUCUAAGUUUAGUAAUUCGUACAAGGUAGAACAUACGCCGAAGUGUUGGCUUGAAGACUGUGACAAACAGAACAAUUAUUUGGCGUACAAAGUGGAGAUGGAUCGAGAGUCAGAAGAGUGGAAUGGUUUGGGCGUAUUGAGCAUGGAACAAUAUUUGCAAGGAUCCUUAGAGAGGAUGAACACAUUCCAUAAUGUGAGUCUGACAGAUGCAUUGUAUUAUUUUGCUAAGGGUAUACAAAACAAUCCCAAUGUUCCAAGGUUAUAUUUCAACUUAGGCCUGGUGUUAAUACAGAAGGAAGAUUACGAGAAUGCAGAAAAGUUGAUAAGACAUGGGACCAGUUUGUUUACAAACGAGUCUGAUUUGGCUUUGGCGUAUUUGGCUUUGGGGAUGUUGCUUGAAUUGCAAGGGAAAGACCAGAAAGAUGUGAGAGCUGUUUAUAAAAUGGUAUACGAGCUUGACGAAAGUGUUGCAAAAAGUUACGCCGGCAUUCCAGUUUUGUCAGAACAACAAAGUCGAGUACAUAUAAAAGGGAAAGACGAAGCCAUAAAAGCACUUCGAGACAUGUUCAUUUAUAAAUAUUUUGCAAGACAUUCUAUAUCUGAUCAUGCGCUAUACGAUCCAGGGACUCAAGAUAAGUUUAUUAAAAAUCAAUAUGUCUAUCUUCGUAACAUUUUGCCGCCGUUUGUGUUAACUGCCUAUGCGGAUUAUGUACAUGAUUUGAUUAAGCACAAAGAAAUAGUGCUAGGCGAUGCGCAAUCGAUGCGUUACAACAUGCAUAACGACCGUGUUUCCAGAUUUAUUCACGAACAACUUACUGAUCUUGUCAGGAGAAUCACUGCUCAUAGCGUCAAGCCGAGUUACACAUACUUUGGUGGAUACGUAGCUGGUGCUACUUUAACCAAACAUCUCGACCGAGAUCAGUGCGAAUUUACGCUUUCCCUCACUAUCGAAAGGUAUCCAGCCGACCUGAAAUGGGAUCUUAGCCUAAACAAAAAUCCCAUCACACCUGAAUUCGACAAAGAAAAAAUUAAAAACAUGGAAGAGCAGGAUCAAGACGUCGUCACUGUCGACCUCAAAAAUAGUGACGGACUCUUGUUUAUGGGCAGAAAACUCGUUCACUAUCGCAAGGGAACACUUAAAGAGAAUCAAUGGCUAAAUCAGAUUUUCUUGCAUUAUGUCCAAGAAAAUUUUAAUUCAACCUUAAACUAGAAACAUGUCAUAAUUACAA